UAUUCAGGUUGUCAUGAACUGAGAACAUCCUUCUUCCUCUUCUAUCUCUUCUUCUUGAAUUGUAUGCAAGAGCGACGAUUCGAUGGAUUGUUGCGUUUGUAGCUCGAUACCAAUGAUCCUAAGGCCUCCAAGAAACACAGUAUGCUUGGCUUGUUAUGAAUGUUCCAAGAGUUUGAUAGCAUUUGUAAACAAUCUAGAAAAUAAUGAUGCUGCCAAUCAGGAGAGUUUGUACAGCAUUUCUCCUCCUAAUAAGCAGGGAAUUGAAAGUGUAUUGAAAUGGAUGAAGGAAUUGAAGCAAAGAGAAGACGGAUUAAACGAAAAGAUUAAAUUUCUUGGUGGGUUAAUUGCUGCAUUUAGAGAUGGAAUUCAUUCAGACAUUCAAAUCAAGCCUGGCAAUUCCGGACCUUCUUUGCCUGCUCACAGAGCUUUGCUGGCAAUAAGGUCGGAUAUAUUCAAGAACAUGUUAGAAUCAGAUGGGUGUAAAGCUGCUCCAACCGACACGGUUACUUUCUCGGAACUCAAUCAUGAAGAGCUUGAUGCUCUCCUAGAGUUUCUCUACAGUGGAAGUUUAGCUACAGAAAAAGUGGAAAAGCAUGUUUACGCUUUGUCAAUUGCAGCCGACAAGUACGAAAUUCCAUAUUUGCAAAAGUUUUGCGAGUGUAAAAUGCUCGAAUUACUGGAUUCAUCAAAUACGUUAGAAGUUCUGGAGAUAUCGGAUAUUUGCUCGAACAAAAUAUUAAGAGACGCUGCCAUGAAUUACAUAGUGAAACAUAUGGAAGAUAUAGUUUUCUCAGUUAAAUAUGAUGAAUUUGCAAGGAAAAAUCCACAUUUAAGUGUACAGAUCACAAGGGCAUUGUUUAUGGAGAAACAACAUUUGUAAGAAACGUGGUAUCUUAAUGAUUUAAUGAUCUGAUACAAUUUUUUUUAGUUUUGUGCUCAUUUUGUUGUUUCAGAUUACUAUUUUGAUUAUAGAGGUGUUAAUAUGGUUACACUUGUACUCAGUUUUUAAUAGCCAUUUACUGCAG